AUGGCUCACAAGAUGUCACUGGAAGCACUGGACAGAACACUGAAAGAUUUGCGUGACAAUCAAAAUAUUUUUGGUGGAGCAAUGAUUUUGUUGUCAGGUGAUUUUCGCCAAACUCUUCCAGUUAUACCGCGAUCAACUGUUGCUGACGAACUAAACGCAAGCCUAAAAUCAUCAAAUUUGUGGCGUCAUGUUAAGAAACUGCAGUUAACAACGAACAUGCGAGUGGUUUUGCAACAAGAUGAAACAGCGAAAGUGUUUUCAAAGCAGUUACUAAAUAUUGGAAAUGAUUUUUGUAGCUUCACAAACACAAAGGAGGAGCUUAUUCAAUGCGUAUUUACAGAUAUAAACCAACAAUUUCACGAUCUCAAUUGGCUGAGCGAACGAGCAAUAUUGGCGGCAAAAAAUAAAGAUGUCGACGAUCUCAAUGCAACAAUACAAAGUUCACUUCCAGGGGAAUGCAUUACUUAUAAAUUUGUAGACACCGCUACAAAUCAGGAUGACAUACUGAACUAUCCUACAGAAUUUCUAAAUUCAUUAGAAUUGCCUGGGCUGCCACCACAUAAUUUACAAUUGAAAGUAGGAUCAGUUGUCAUCAUGCUACGUAAUUUAAAUCAGCCCAUACUAUGCAAUGGAACAAGAUUGGUUAUAAAAAAGCUAAUGAAUAAUGUAAUUGUGGCAAAAAUAAUUAAAGGUAAAUACAAGGGACAAGAUGUAUUGUUCCCGUGA